AAAUCUAAUAACUGAUACAUUUUCUAGUAACGAUUAUCCAAAUAGUUUAGCUUCGCGCUUAAAAGCUAAAGAAGAUAUAUGUUUAUACGGUCACCUAAACUGGCCCAUGAUGUUCUCCAGAUUCUUCGAAGCCAUUCUUACAACGGGACUACAACUUUCAAAGGGCAAUAUAUUAUUUUAGGACAUUACGAUUACGUUGAAAUAUCUAAAGUAACUGUGGAAAGAGACUCUAACGAUCUCAUUGAUAUCCUACAUUUGGAAUUGUUGCAAAAGGAAGAGCUUUCCUUUAAAUGCUGCGAAGCGCGAGAUGUAGAAACUUUAUUGCUUUUCACACUAGAAAAUUUAAAACAAAGAUCAAAAUUUGCUCUGGCUAUAGAGGACUUUAAACCCAAUAAGCCCCAGGAACUCACUUUUCCACAAUUGUCUUUAUCACGCGGAGAUUUAGUACAAUUAACUAGCAAAUCGAAAAGUUUAUCGGAAACAAGUGGAGACAAAUGCGAUUGGCUUGAGGGGAAAUGUCGUGAUGCGAAAGGCUUCUUCCCAACAAAGAGUAUUACGAUUUUGGCUACUUUAACGAAACCGUCUGAAAAAAUACUGGAGUUGUAUAAAAAGUACAAAAAUGAUGACUUAAGAAGCACUCUGGCACGGAAGUUCACUACUAAGCUUGCGUCAAAUCUACACAAUCUUGAAAGCUUUGCCAAAAAUCAUUUCAGGCCUCAACUAAAUAGUCUGCGCAAUUCUACGAGCUGUUUGCAUACAAUCAAAGCAAAAAAUGAAGAUUUAUGGCGCCACAGCCGUAAUUUACUAAAGGCGCCAUUGCUCAAAAAUUUGCAAGAAGAUCCUGAUUUAUUUGACUUAGCUGUAGCUAUGUUUAAUAGCAUACUUAAAUAUAUGGGAGAUAUACCGACAGGAAAGCAGUCUUCGUCCAUUGAUUUGAUAUUUAAACCUACUCUGAAAUAUGAGCAAUUGAAAGAUGAAUUGUAUUGUCAGCUUAUGAAGCAGCUAACCGACAAUUACGUAAAUUACAGCGAAGAACGUGGUUGGGACCUCAUGUAUUUAGCUACCGGUCUUAUACAUCCUUCUGCAAUAGUUCUUAAAGAAUUAAUGGCUUUCCUACGUACUCGUUCGCAUGUUUUGGCGGUCGCGUCUUUAAAGCGUAUCAAACGUGUUUCAAACAAAAAGCAAAGAAAGCAACCGCCUUACAUACUCGAAGUGGAAUGCAUUCAACAAAGAUUUGAAAAGAUCUACCAUAAGGUGCACAUUCCCGAUGGUUCAGCGGAAGCCUUUGAGAUUCAUGCUUUCACCCGAGCUCUCGAUCUAAUUCAUUGUAUUGCAAGCCGUCUCAAAUUAAAGUAUCUAGAAGGUUUUAGCUUAUUCGUAAGAAUAGGUAAACGCACCUUUUCAGUACCCGAUGGCGAAUAUUUAUUCGACUACCUUUACGAAUUGAUGCUAUGGAUUAAAGAGACCAUGCCCACACGUAACGCGGACGUUAAGCGCAAAGUUUCCUCCUAUCAGUUGUAUUUUAUGAAAAAAUUAUGGUUUCAUUUGCAGCCCGGCAAAGAUCCUAACGCUGACACUUUCUUUCAUUAUCCUCAAGAGUUGGCGAAAUACAUGGCAGGUUAUUACAAAAUUUCUUGUGAUAAGGCUUUGAAGUUGGCCUGUUUCAUUUAUUACGUGGAUUACGGAAUAGAUAGUAAAGCCCUGCAAAAAUCUCAAGAAAUUUUGUCUCAAAUAGUACCACAAGAUCUCAUUCGGCUCAUGAAACCAAACGAGUGGAAAACCCAACUAAUUAAGCGACUGAAUAAUCUCAUACCGACCAAUAUAAGGAAAGAUUUGAUUAAACUGCAAUUUCUUGAACAUUUGGCAGAGCAAGAAAUGUUCGGUUCAACUUUUUUUAGGGUUAAGCAAACGAGUGACGGAUCCUUGCCGGAAAAUUUAUAUUUAGCUGUAAAUCGCAAAGGCUUUCAUAUAGUAGAUGCAAGUACCAAGAACACUUUGCAAUCUUUUGAUUUUAAGGAAUUGAAUUUCUGGAGUUCCGGAAAUACUUAUUUUAAUAUCCAUAUCGGCAAUUUAUUGGGAUCUAACAAAUUACUAUGCAUUACUGACCAGAGCUAUAAAAUAGAUGAUCUGCUUUCUUCUUACAUUAAUUAUUUAAAUAUACAUUAA